GCUUUUGGGCAAAACUCUAGGCUCAAAAUUAUGGCAACACCUAUUCAAUAUCCUGAGGGAGAGCACCCAGAAGAGCUACUCUACACGCUUGCUUAAGGCCCAGCAGUUCCCAGGAGGCAUCCCGCUACACAACUCUACAUGUAUAAACACCCCUCCAGUACAUCCAAGACAGAGAGAAGCCACAGCAGCGGGCAACGUUACUCCGCUAUACCCUGCACCAAUACUCACCUUGACUAUGGAGAUCCCUCAUCCUCGGUGGAAACGACCUGAUCAGGAGGUUGCCACCUCAUGCUGCCAAGUCCACAGAAAUGUUGGCCCAUGGAAGUCACAGCCCUCUCUGUUACAAUGCCGAACACAGAAAGAGCAGGGAGUGGAGGCAGAACCUGGUUCCAAGAUGUCUCAUCUCGUUUGGACUCUAAAUGACAAAGGCUAA